CGAAGAGCGUCUGCCUUGUCCACGAGUCCACGCAAUCCACACAUCGACAAGUAAUACACGAAAAUCAAUAUAAACAGCACAAUUCAGCACAUAUUCAGCACAAGCACGAACUUUGUGGUAUAAUCAUAUGCAUGGACCUCAGAACUAAAUACAUGUUACACUUCGUGCGACGGAUAUAACAACUAAUCUCUGUACGAUUGAAAAACACGUGAUAAUAGUUUCAUUCAUAAAUCAUAUAAAUACCUGAAUUGAAUGGUGAGCGGAUUCGAAAUUUAGAAUGGCUGAAGAUGAUACAGAGAAGUUAACGAGAGAAGAUUUUGAUGCCGGGCCAACGAGCUGCGAUGAAAUAGAGCCCGGACUGUUGCUGGGAAAUCUGACAGCAGCAACAGAUGUUGUAUGGUUGAAAGAGACUGGGGUUACACACAUCUUGACGUUAGACUCUUGUCCAUUGCCAAGGAAAAUACAAUUGCUGCCUGAUAUUAUUUUCAAAUAUAUCCAAGUGACUGAUCUACCUCGGGAAGACCUGCUCACUUAUUUUGAAGAUACUUACCAAUUCAUCAAACAUGCUCAGGAAGAUGGCAACAAAACUUUGGUACAUUGUUAUUUUGGAGUCUCCAGAUCCGCCACAGUUGUCAUAGCUUUUAUAAUGAAGAAGUAUAGUAUGGAAUACUCUGAGGCUUUUGACCUUGUGAAAUCUAAGAGACGAUUUGUUGGACCUAAUCCAGGAUUUGUUGCUCAGCUGAAACUGUAUCGAGAUAUGGGGUUCAGUAUUGAUAACACAAACGUUCAGUUUAAAAUGUACCGGCUUCAAAUUGCUGCAGAUAAAGUAAGAAAGGCUAAAAUACUUCCACAGAGUUGUAUAGAUUUGAUAAAGCCUGAUCCGGCUUUAGCAACGAUACGGCCGGAACCUACAGUAUACCGAUGUAAACGUUGCCGAAGAAUUGUGGCGUCGGCGAGUAAUAUCCUUCCUCACUUACCACGUGAAAAGCAAAUUUGGCGACAUAUAAGCUCAAAACGUGACAGAGGUGCUAAAGCAAAUAAGACUUUAAAAAAAACUGCUGAACCUAGUGAAAAUAUUGAGCCAACAGGCAUUGAACUUUGUACAAAAACAUAUUUUCUGGAGCCAUUAGCUUGGAUGCCUGACAUAACACAUAGUGUGGAAGGUAAAUUGAAUUGCCCAAAAUGCAGCACUAAGCUUGGGUCGUUCAGUUGGGUUGCUGGAUGCCAAUGCCCAUGUGGUAGCAAGAUAGCUCCAGCAUUUUAUUUGGUUCCAUCUAAAGUUGAUUGGAGCAACUUUGUACAGAAUGUUCAAGCCACUGUUUAAAUAAUGGUCAUAAUUUUGAAGGAGUUCGAUAAUUUUUCAGGAAGUCUUUGAAUUAAUGGGUGAGUUAGUCAAAGGUAGGAGAUGUAGGAGAUUUGAUAUAAAUUUCGCAGAGCGGGCACUGAACGCGUAAAAAGUAACUAAUGCCUUGGCCGAUUCAAUUCGCUAAAUUUUUAUUUUAUUCUACUAUUCAUGUGUUAUUAUUAUAUUUAUAAAAUUAAAUCAUAGUAGCAGCAUUCACUACUUAUGGAUUCGGUUGUUCAUGAACAACCUUUGUCAAUACAUUAUUCGAGAAUAUAUUCCAGAUCUAGAAAAAUCAGUACAACAUUUGUAGAUUGGUCUCGAAAAAGAACGUUUUAUUCUCUAUAUUGGAAAGUCUGAUUUUGAGUCUAAAACUUCUUCAAACUAAACUUUAUAAAUAUUUGUGUGCAGCUCAAGUAUACAUGAAAUUCUGAAAAUCAGUAAAUAUUCCUACAGCGAAUUACUCAGAGUUUUAUUCCAGAUCAACGACUGAUUAGGACGGAAGCGUUUGCUAUAGUCUGUAACCAUUCAUUGCAUUCAAGUAGUUUUUGUCUAUUGCACUUUGGCUCUAAGCAGAUGAUAUAUAUGUAUACAUACGUAGGUAUAUAUUCAUGUGCCAACUUUAAAACAUAAUAACUAUAUUUCCUACAAAGCUCGUUAUCUAUACAAACUACUCCAUGUGAACGAUAUCUUCAAUAUUAGUUUCAUUCCAUUAUUUCUUUGCAAUCAUCUUACAGUUAUAACAUCGUACAAUACUUAUACAAUAUGUUAUUUAUAAUCUAUACAAAAGUAUAAGACUGUGUUUGUAUUAUCGUUAAUCAAACUUGUACGAAAGGCUGUAUAACAUACAUGCGCGUGUAUGAAUUAUUACUCGACUUCAUUAAGAGCUAGUUAUAUUAAAGUAAUGUUACCCUGUU